CAAAUAACAAUUGUAUAUUUUUCUUGCUGUCAAAAAAAGGCUAAAAUGUUAAAAAUAUCUCGAAAACUCUUAAUUUCCGCAACGGGAAGGAAUAGCCCACAAACACAACGUUUCGUAUCUAAAGUUAACUUACAAGGAAUUCUGCCGCCUAUUACGACCCCAUUUAAUGAUGACGAAUCAGUAGCUUACGAUAAAUUAUCACACAACUUAAACAUUUGGAAUUCAAUUAAUUUUAGAGGGUAUGUGGUACAAGGGUCAAAUGGUGAAUUCCCGUAUCUGACACCAGAUGAAAGAGUUAACGUCGUCAAACACGUGAAGAAGAAUAUUCCUGACAAUAAAGUUCUAGUUGCUGGGUCAGGGUGUGAAUCCACAUCAGCUACGAUAGAAAUGACAAUGAAGAUGGGAGACAACGGCGCUGAUGCUGUUCUUGUUGUUACACCAAGUUUCUACAAGAACCAGAUGAAUUCACAAGCAUUGAUGAAGCAUUAUGUUAAGGUGGCAGAUGCGAGCAACAUGCCUGUUAUCUUGUACAGUGUACCUGGGAACACGGGGAUAAACAUCCCACUAGAGGCCCUCGCUGAGCUGUCGCAACAUCCGAAUAUUAUCGGAACCAAAGAAAGUGGGGGUGAUGUUACAAGAAUUGGCGAAAUAGUGAGACUCACAAAGCAACAUGACUUCCAAGUGAUAGCAGGUUCAGCCGGCUUCAUGUAUGCUGCUUAUGUGGUUGGAGCAGUGGGUGGGGUGUGUGCGGUAGGGAACAUACUAGGUAAACAAGUGGUGGAUCUACAUCAUAUGAUAAUGGAUGGAAGAUGGGAUGAUGCAAGGGAGUUACAACAUAGAUUGAUUGCUCCGAACUCUGCUGUAACAGCCAAAUAUGGGGUCCCAGGUUUGAAAACUGCUAUGGCUUGGUAUGGGUUAUAUGGGGGAAGUCCCAGGUACCCAUUACAACAACUAACGGAGCCCCAGGUCUUAGAUCUGAGAAAAAUAUUGGUGGAUAGCGGAUUUCUAUAGCUGCGAGGAUAAAAUGAUGUUUCUAUUGCAAGAUUUUUGCAGUUUUAACUUUGUUUAAUUGAAUUUUAUAUCGAAUUCAGCCACUAUCAGUAAGGGUGCUGCAAAAACUUAACAGCCAAAAAUCAAAUCCAGUUAUUGUAUAAUAAUAAUAGAAUAUUAUCAUCAGUUUAUAAUGCAAAUAUUUUAGGGGAAUGGAGGUUUUAAACUGACAUUGUGUAAAAUAAUAUAAAAACUUUUUUUCACUGGUUUUCACUGCUUCUUAUCAUAUAUCAUAGAUAGGGUGGGGGAAGACGGGACACCUUUAGCACAUAAUAUCCAAAUAUCCUGAUCGUGUUUUAAACAAUAACUAUUGGUCAAUGAGAGUCGUGGGCAUUUAGUUUUAUAAUUUUUUGAAUGUUCUUUGUUUACUACUAAACGGGGCGAAAAAAUAGAGGUAAAAGAUGUCCCGUCUUCCCCCACCUUACUGUAUCAUAGAUACCAUUGCUGGCUGCUAGAACUGUUCAUGUGUUUUAAUGACCACAUCUAAUGUUGGUGCUGUAUUUAACAAGGCAGGUGUAUUGUUAAUACCAGUUUUUAAGUUCAAACCAAAAUGUUUACUAAAAGUAUAUCCCUGCAUUUUCACAAUUAGAAACGAAUUUUUUUCUUUCUUCCGAAACAUUUUAAGACACCAAUGCAUGCUGCU